AUGAGCGCGAAUCGCCCAGGAACUGGUGGUCCACCACCUCCGUUCAGGCAGGAUGGCGCAAUUCCCACUGUAAAUGUAAAUGGACAGCGGCCACCGCCCAGCGGUCCGACACUGCAUCAUACCCCAUCCGUGUCGUUUAAAACGCCUGCCCAUAACUCGGAGCCGCGGCAUACACGAUCAUACGAGCACUUGAACGACGACGAAGUGAUACAGCCCACGACUGGCCCCAAGCUGAGCCGCUGGGGCAGUACCGGCAAUCGCGACCCUGAAUCCGGCGCUGCGUUCCAGCGAAAACGGUCGCUUGUACGCCCAGAACGCGAGCGUCUCGACCAAAAUAGCCGCUACUGGUUCUACCGGAACCAUGCGGCACAGUACGAAGCGAUCCAUGGUCGAGCGCCCGGCGCCGGACCUUCUGCUGCGGGCAGCAUUUUGCCUUCUGCCGUCCCCAACGUGGCCGCUUUGCAAGGUCCCGGACAGGGUGUGAGUGGAUACGGUAUUGCAGGCCCCAGCCUCUCUGCCAACAACGCGCGCAACCCCGGCUUGCGGCGUGGCAAAUCGAUUCUUGGACGCGAUGAAGACAAGGUCGAGAGCGGCAUUCAUUUCUUGCGUCGCGGUGUGAGCAUGCGUCGUACUGGGCGUGGAAAUCCCGAUCCUGCCCAGGGCGACGCUGCGCAAGCUGCCCCCGUCAAGGAAGGAUGCAUGGAAAACGUUGCGCCUGGGCCUGUGGGCGUGUGGAUGAUAUACUGCUACUUCCUCACCAUCUGUGCACAGGCGCCUUGCCUCAGGAUCUUUGGUAUCAAGACGCCCGAACAGCAGCGUGCAUGGCGCGAGAAGAUUGGAUUGAUUGGUGUCAUUCUUCUCUGUAUGGGAUUUGUCGGGUACAUCACCUUUGGUUUCACCGAAACGGUGUGUGGUGUCGACCAGCGCUACGACCUUGCCGAGAUCAGGGGCAACCCAGAAAGCAGUGGUAUGGCUAACUUGUACGGCGAAGCGAUUAGCUUGGACAAGUUCCGCCACAUACCCAUUCCCAACGCGCCGCCUGGCUUUGACGAUGUCACCUCGGCAAAAAAAAAUGGCAGCUCUAUUGUGUACUCUGGCCCCUUUUACACGGCAUUUAGCUAUCUGAACCUCAUGUUCCCCGUAACCGGCGGCGCCUGCGACGGUCUCUUGACUCCCACUACGCAAGGCGGCACCGUUCCCCGCUACUUUGAAUGCGGCGCUGUCCGUCCCGGGUAUUUGAAAAACCCUUACAAUGCGGAGGAAAAGACCAAGUCCACAGGCAACAUUCUUGCGUACCAUUAUCCCCAGGCCUGCCAUUCCACCCAGAUACAAAACAUGGUCUCCUCGGGCAAGGCGGCAGGCACGGAAAAGUUUGGUGUGAUGUAUUUCAAGUGGGCGGAUCUUGAAGAGGCGGGCAGGAAUGAAAGUAUGACGGUGUGGCGCAGCAAUGUGAUCGACCUCAGUCUGCUGGAUUUCCUGCUUCCCGGCGUAACACCGCCGCCCUUCUUUGCGGAGCUGCGCAACAACCCCAAGUGGAUUGGACGCGAUAUCACCGCCGAAGGCAUGCGCACGAAUCAUACGGUAGAGUUGGACUGUCUUGCCAGCAUUGCGCGCGUUGCUUCCAUUGACGUCGACUCGCCUGGCUGUAUAGCUUCCAAGGUCGAGCUGGUCUUGUCGAUGAUUUUCAUCGUCGGCGCCGUCGCCAUCAAGUUUAUCAUGGCCGUCAUGUUUGCAUGGUGCCUUUCGUGGCGCAUCGGGAACUACGACAACGAAUCAUACGCCCAGCGGAUGAAGCGCGUCGGCGAAAUCGAGACCUGGACCGACGACAUUUACCGCCCCGCGCCGGCUGGCUAUCGUCCCACGGUCAAAAAGACGUUUUUGCCUAAGACCAGUCGCUUUACCUACCAUCUUCCCAAUCCGACGCAUAUGCCAAAGUCGAAGAUGUCCGACAAGAAGGUGAUGGCUGUCAAGCGCAAUGGACAGACGCAGAUGAUGUCACCGCCGACCUCGCCGACGCUUACUGGCGGCCGCAGCUCGGCGUCGCUUGCGCAGUCACUGCUUCCCUCCUCCCAGUCUGGCCGCUCUAUGCUCUCCACGCUGGGCAGCGAUUCGGCGUGGGGCCCGUGUCCUUGGCCGCUGGACAAUGUUGUGCCGCAGCCACCGCCUAACUACCAGCCGUUUAAUUUCCCCUUGGUGCACUCUAUCUGUCUUGUCACCGCGUAUUCGGAGUCAUUUGAAGGCUUGCGCACCACCUUGGACAGCUUGGCGACGACCAACUAUCCCAACAGCCACAAACUAAUCCUCAUCAUUGCCGAUGGUAUUGUAAAAGGCGCCGAAUCCGACAUCUCCACGCCGGAUAUCUGCUUGUCGAUGAUGAAGGAGCUCAUUGUUCCCGCUGAGGACGUCGAAGGCUACUCUUACGUGGCGAUUGCAGACGGGCCAAAGCGCCACAACAUGGCCAAGGUGUACGCUGGCUUCUACGACUACGACGACCAGACCGUCGAGCGCUCCAAGCAGCAGCGCAUUCCUGUCAUUCUUGUUGCCAAGUGCGGCUCGCUGGAGGAAAUGGACAGCGCGAAGCCCGGCAACCGCGGCAAGCGCGACUCGCAAGUGCUGCUCAUGGCCUUUUUGCAAAAGGUGCUCUUUGACGAGCGCAUGACCCUGUUUGAGUACGAGUUCUUCAACGCCAUUUGGCGCGUCACCGGCGUCACUGCGGACAUGUUUGAGAUUAUAUUGAUGGUCGAUGCGGACACCAAGGUGUUCCCCGACUCGCUCACCCAUAUGGUCGCCGCCAUGGUAGAGGACCCUGAGAUUAUGGGGCUGUGUGGCGAGACCAAGAUUGCCAACAAGAGCCAGUCGUGGGUGACGAUGAUCCAAGUGUUUGAGUACUACAUCUCCCACCACCAGACCAAAGGGUUUGAGUCCUGUUUUGGCGGCGUCACAUGUCUGCCGGGCUGCUUUAGUGCGUACCGCAUCAAGAGCCCCAAAGGCCCCAAGGGCUUCUACGUUCCCAUCCUCGCCAACCCUGACGUGGUGGAGCACUAUUCGGAGAAUGUGGUGGAUACUCUGCACAAGAAGAAUCUGCUCCUUCUUGGCGAGGAUCGAUACUUGACCACGCUCAUGCUUAUGAUCUUCCCGCGGCGCAAGAUGAUGUUUUUACCGUCUGCCGUGUGCAAGACCGUGGUUCCAGAGACAUUCAAGGUGCUGCGCUCCCAGCGCCGCCGCUGGAUUAAUUCCACGGUGCACAAUCUCUUCGAGCUUAUCCAAGUGCGCGACCUGUGCGGCACGUUUUGUUUCUCGAUGCGCUUCGUUGUGUUUAUGGACCUGGUCGGUACUAUGGUGCUCCCUGCUGCGAUUGCCUUCACCUUUUACGUCGUGAUUUCUGCCAUUAUCAUUGGCGUUAAGAACGGCCAGGAGCAGGAUCCUGCCCAAAAACAAGAGUUUCCCACUAUGCCGCUUGUAUUGCUUGCGCUUAUUCUCGGUCUCCCGGGCGUGCUCAUUGUUCUUACCAGUCGCCGGUUCAUGUACGUGAUGUGGAUGUUGAUCUACUUGCUCUCGCUCCCGAUCUGGAACUUGGUCCUUCCCGCGUAUGCCUUUUGGCACAUGGACGACUUCUCCUGGGGCGCCACGCGCAUGGUCGCCGGCGAAAAGAAGGGCGACGAUGGCCACAGUGCCGCCGUGGGCGACUUCAACGUCACCACCAUUUCCAUGAAACGCUGGGCCGAGUACGAGCGCGAGCGCCGACUUGGCUCGGGCCUUGCGUCGCGCGACGGCGCAGACUCACUGGUGCGCUACAAUACCCCCGAUAUCCCCGGCGUAAACCGCUUCGACUCGCAGUCCUCGGACAACUCGUCGGGGGGAAAUGGCAACGAACUUGCGCUGCAGAACAAAAGCGCCGUUCCUCACCUUGGGCCACAAACGCCCGCAGAGGAGCGCUUUCCCCGCCUCCGCAAAGACUCGGUGCCGCUCCUCGAGCUUCCUGCGCCGCUCGGCGCCGAUACAGGCGCCCGCCCAAGACCGCCAGCCUUUACAAAUCCAUUCAUGGGCGGCGCGCCGCACCCACACAGCCAUCCCGACGCGUCUGUACAGGCUCGGCAGCAUCUGUUUGGGCCCACAGGCGCACGCCCGCCAAGCUACACGUCGCCGCCACUGCGCCCCAUGCCGCCAGGCUACGCUGCACAUCCAUACGCCCGUGGCGGCACUCCACCCCGCCCCGUCCGUCCCGGGCCGCCUGCGCUCGGGGGCUUUGUUCCCCAGCGCCCCCAGCGCCCCAUGAUCCCCUCUGGCUUUAACCCUGCCUUUGCCGCGCGGGGACCAGGCUCGCCGCCGUCGAUGAGCCCCACCACGAGCCCGCCCGGCGCUACGAGCCCGCCCAUGCGUUUGCAGCACCCCGUUCGUCCUUCGACGCAGCCGAGUGUGCCGAGUGAUGUACAGCGUGUGAGUCUCUCGGACGACGGCCCUGUGCUCAGUACGGGCAGUGUGCGUCAAGUCGUGCGCGGCGCGCGGCGCCAAACGUCGCAGGCGAGCACGCCGAGCAUUCCCCCCUUUGACGCCUCCUUUGGCGGCAGCCCGUUUGACAAGUAG